UUCGGCGCUCACUUCGUGUCUUGCAGAUUUGUCAAAACACAUUGGCUCUCUGCAAGAGGAAAUUGAUUCGCUGAGAGCAGACAAGAAUGAGCUUGUCAAGCAGCAGGCUCAACAAGCUGUCGCGGAACGACAUGGAUAUAUUGCUCUGAAUAAAGUGGAGCAGCUCGAAGUGGAGAACGACCAUCUGAGUCGUCAGAUCAACGAGCUCAAAGCGCAACUCUACAUGUCCAGUGCCUUGGAGGUGGCCGAGCCAAAGAAAUCGAAAAGUUUGGGAGCUCGAGUUGCAUGGCCUCAGCCAGAGGAGGAUCCGCCCAAAUCACAGGCUUCGAUCGCGAAGAAAGUGAAUUUCGAUCAGGUGGUGCCAAGACCUGAAUUCACAGACGAGAGGC